AUGAGCUCUGUACUACCCAACAAACCAUCUGCCGAGCCCACUCUGGUCGAGCCCACUCUGGUCGAGCCCACUCUGAUGAGGCUUGAAGACGUCGACAUACCUCUACCUGCUCUUCAAAAAGAGAACCCCGACAUCAACCGAUUCAGCGCUGGUUUUAUCAUUCUCCGCCAGCACCCAGUUGUUUCAUCCAAACAACAAGCUCUUCUCAUUCAACGUGGAUGUGACGGAUCAUGGGGUGAGACUUGGGAGGGGCCUGGAGGUGGAUAUGCGCCUGAUGAAGACGCCACCAUCAAGCACACUGCUUUGCGUGAGACGCAAGAGGAAGUUGGCGUGGUUAUUCCACCAAAAGCCAUUUUUCCGCUUGUAUACAGAACGACGUUCGAGCACAAGGGCUUGCAGAUGGCAUAUUACACAUUCGUUGCACAGCUUGAUGAGGAAGUACCCGUUAUUCUGUCGCAUGAGCACCUCGCUUGGGGAUUUUUCGACGAAGAGUGCGUCGGAAAUUUCGGACCCUUCAACGAUGAGAAGAGCCGACGAGAGAAAAUUUUUAUGCUUGAAGACAAGAAGAGAACACUUUGUCACAUCUUUAAAAACAGAGAAAGUCUGAAGAACGGUAUUAAAGCUGGAAUCAUGCCUGUGAAUGCCAAAUGA